AUCGCAAAAUAUACACAAUCUGCGAAAUUCCUUCUUGUGAUCUACAGCUCUCCCGGCGGUCCAAACGAUUAUGAUUUGUUGAAGAAGCAUGCGAAAUUCCUUACUAUUCUUCAUUUUUCUGCCUUCGACGAUAUUAGCUGUUGAUCUCAUUCACCUCCAUGAUGGCUCCCCACUUUUUGGCGAAGAAGUUUUAUCACAAACCGGUAAACCAUUGACAAGGUUUCAAGGUAUUCCAUUUGCAGAACCACCAGUUGGCAAUCUCAGGUUUAAAAAACCGAAACCAAAGCAACCAUGGAGAAUACCUUUGAAUGCGACAACUCCACCGAACAGUUGUAUUCAGAGUGAGGACACUUACUUUGGAGACUUUUAUGGUUCCACUAUGUGGAAUGCCAACACUAAAUUAUCCGAAGAUUGUCUGUAUUUGAAUGUGUAUGUGCCUGGAAAAGUGGACCCAAAUAAGAAAUUGGCUGUAAUGGUUUGGGUUUAUGGAGGAGGUUUCUGGUCUGGCACAGCGACACUUGAUGUCUAUGACGGGAGGAUACUUACUGUUGAAGAAAACGUGAUUCUGGUUGCGAUGAACUAUCGUGUAUCAAUAUUCGGAUUCCUCUAUAUGAACCGUCCCGAGGCACCAGGAAACAUGGGAAUGUGGGAUCAGCUUCUUGCGAUGAAAUGGGUUCACAAGAACAUUGACCUGUUUGGCGGAGACCUUAGUCGCAUCACAUUGUUCGGUGAAUCAGCAGGCGCGGCGUCAGUGAGCAUUCACAUGUUGAGUCCGAAAAGUGCACCUUAUUUUCAUAGAGCAAUCAUCCAAUCUGGCUCGGCAACAUCUCCUUGGGCCAUCGAACCGCGUGACGUAGCAUUAGCGAGAGCAGUUAUUUUAUAUAAUGCCAUGAAAUGUGGAAACAUGUCUCUUAUCAAUCCAGACUACGAUCGAAUACUGGACUGUUUUCAAAGAGCUGACGCAGAUGCUUUACGGGAAAACGAGUGGGCUCCUGUUCGAGAAUUUGGCGAUUUUCCAUGGGUUCCCGUUGUCGAUGGUGAUUUUCUAUUGGAAAAUGCACAAACCUCGUUAAAACAAGGAAACUUCAAAAAGACCCAACUCCUGGCCGGAAGUAAUCGUGACGAGAGCAUUUAUUUCCUGACCUAUCAACUUCCGGAUAUAUUCCCAGUCGCUGACUUUUUUACAAAAACUGAUUUUAUCAAAGAUCGGCAAUUGUGGAUCAAGGGUGUCAAGGACCUGCUACCACGUCAGAUACUGAAAUGUCAGCUCACACUAGCGGCGGUUCUUCAUGAAUACGAACCUCAGGAUUUACCAGUGACACCAAGAGACUGGAUAAAUGCAAUGGAUAAAAUGCUGGGAGACUAUCAUUUUACUUGUAGCGUUAAUGAAAUGGCUCUGGCUCAUACGAAACACGGAGGAGACACAUACUAUUACUAUUUUACACACAGAGCUUCUCAACAAACAUGGCCAGAAUGGAUGGGUGUUUUACAUGGUUACGAAAUCAAUUUCAUUUUUGGAGAACCAUUAAAUCAAAAAAGAUUCAACUACACUGAUGAAGAACGAGAGUUGAGCAAUCGGUUUAUGAGAUAUUGGGCGAAUUUUGCAAAAACUGGAGAUCCGAACAAAAACGAGGAUGGAUCAUUUACUCAAGACGUGUGGCCAAAGUAUAAUUCUGUUUCAAUGGAAUACAUGAACAUGACCGUUGAAUCGUCAUAUCCCAGCAUGAAACGAAUAGGGCAUGGUCCGAGGAGAAAGGAGUGUGCAUUUUGGAAAGCGUAUUUGCCGAAUUUGAUGGCUGCAGUUGCCGACGUCGGAGACCCUUAUUUGGUUUGGAAGCAACAAAUGGAUAAAUGGCAGAACGAGUACAUUACAGAUUGGCAAUAUCAUUUCGAGCAGUAUAAAAGGUAUCAAACGUAUAGGCAAUCUGAUAGCGAAACUUGUGGUGGAUAAAUAUUGGACAGAGUUCUUAUGUCAACAAGUUUUCCAUUCUCAUCUUCUCGUCUCAAUUCCUUAUAUUUGACUUUUAUCUGAGUCACCCUGUCAAUUUUCCCUCCUAUUCCUGAUUCAACAUUCCGAAUAUUCAAAUUUUCAAAUUCAUCGUAGGUGAAUAACCAGACCACUUUCCUUUCUUCCUUCUUUUUUUUUGUCCUUCAAUCAUGUUUUAUGUUUUUUUCUUUCGGUCACAACGAGCUUAGAUUUGUAAAAUAAUGCUGGUUAGAUGCUUCUUUUAAGUCGUAUUAUAUUCUCGAAUUUUAUAGAUUUUUCCUAUUUCCUAGAAUUUGAUAUUCUUACACACACUGAAAAUCAUGUACAUUUGAUAUACUCUGAACAAUUGCCAUUGCGAUGUGAUUUCUAACAAAAAGAUUUAUGGUCUUAUUUGUAAUUAUUUCAGCAUAUACACCCACACAUUUCUAAAUUCCAACUAUUUACUUUCCGAAAUGUGUCAAUAAAGAAUUAUUGAAAACAG